AUGUCAACUAAUAACGAAAACGAAGAUGUUUAUUCAUCUGAUGAAGAAUCAUUUGAUGAAUCAAGUAAAUCCCAGGUCCUUUUAGGUUUUGUGGAUGCACCAAUUAUCUACAAUCAAGAAGAAAAUGGUGAUGACGAUGAUGAAGAAGAAGAACUUCCAACAAUUGAAGAUACCUUUAUUGGGGGACAACCAGUUUGGCUUCAUCCUGAAUCUAAACCACCUCAAAAAUUAGUUACUUGUGAUUUAUGUAAUCAAGAAAUGGCAUUAUAUUUACAAGCAUUUGCCCCAAUUCUGGGGAAAUUAUAUGAUAGAGUAAUUUAUGUAUUUGGAUGUAAAAAUACUAAAUCAUGUUCUGGUAGAAAAGGUAGUAUUAAAGCCAUUAGAGGUAUUAUUAAAGAUAAAGAAACUAUUGAAAAGAUUAAACUAGAGAAUCAACAAGCAUUACAAAAAGAUUUAGAUGCUAAAUUGAAAUUAGAUAAACAAAAGAAAUUAAAUGAAGAAUUAACAAAAGAUUUAUUUAAAAAAACUGAUACUUCUUCAAAUCCAUUUGGUGGAAAUUCCAAUCCAUUUUCUAAUCCAUUUGGUCUGAAUCCAUUUGAUAAGAAAGCUGAAGAACCAAAGAAACCAGAAUCCACUGAUAAGAAGACUACAAAGACACCAUCAUAUGCAGACGUUGCAUCCACUAAUGCCCCAAAACCAAAACCAGUGAAGAAAUUUCAAGGUACUCUUCCAGAAUAUAAAGGGUAUUUUGUUUAUGUUGAAAACGAAAGAUUCAAAAAGGGUAAAACUGAUCCAGAUUUAGAAAAAUAUAAACAUUUGAUUGAACAAGAAGGAGAUGGAGAUUUCGACGAUGGAGACAUUUCCGAGAAAGUUGGCACAUCUAUGGGAUUUGAGAAUCCACAAGCGGGUAAAAUUGCCAACAUGUUGCAAGAUAAAUGUUUUGAGAAAUUCACAAAUGUGGUUCAAGAAAACCCAGGUCAAGUUCUUAGAUAUGGUGGGCAACCAUUAUGGUAUUCCAGUAAAAUCGGACACCCUCCAUCAGGUAAAAAAUACGAAUUACAAUUAAUGCCAAAAGCCAUUAUGGAUUUAGAAGGGUUGGAUGGAGAUAUUAUUGGAGGGAUGUCUUGGGGUACCAUUGUUGUUUUCACUAGUGAGGACGAUUUUAUCCCAGAAGAGAACUUCGAUAAGAAUGAUGUUGGUUAUGUAGAAGAACUGGCUUUUGUGCAAUGGGAAUAG